CUACAGAUAAUCAAGUUUCUUGGAAUUAUAAUAGUGAUGGAUCAUUAGUUAAUGGAUCAGUAUCAGGUGAUGGAAGUGAUUUAUGGACAUGGCAAUUAUUACGUGAUGUUACAAAUUUUGGUGUUUGGAAAAUUUUUGGACAAGUAGAUCCAAUUGAUGGUACAGAUGCAUAUUCUGUUGUUGCUUUUAUAUUGACUAUAUUAUUUGUUGCUAUUUCUAAUGUACUUCUUCUUAAUGUACUUAUUGCUUUAUUUAAUGUUACAAUUCAAAAUGUUCAAAUGCAAUCUCAUCGAAUAUGGCGUUAUCAACGUUUUUUACUUGUUUAUGAAUAUAAUAAUAAACCUCCAUUACCACCACCAUUUAAUACUAUUUAUUAUCUAUAUAGAAUUAUUCGUUAUAUAAUUGAAAAAAUUCAAUAUUAUCGUCAAAAACAUCGACAUGUUGCCUGUGAAAUUUCUAUGGAUUCAAUUGGUUUAAGUGAACAAAAAAUUCGAGAAGAAUUUAAAAUUAGUGAUGCAAUGCAACGUGAAAGUGCCAUAGCUGAUGAUUAUUGGAGUUAUACAUUAAAACAUGGAAAGAAAGAUCAAGUUGAAGUUGCAAUACAAAAUAUUGAACGAAGACUUCAUGAUUUACAAGAACAAAUACAUGAUAUAAAUAGUCAAGGAUCAAAUUAUGGUCAAGAAUGGCCUGUAUCGAAUGUUUAA